CAGACAAAGUGAGACUCACUUACAGCAAGCAAGAAAGCUCUGUAACACACUACAGACUUUACAAACAACUGUCAAAACCUCUGGAAAUUUUCAACAGCGGACAGGAAAACGUCUCAUCAUGUGCAGAGGACUCGACUCACUGCCUAUCACCUGCCUGGAGAGGGCAAAAGAGCUUAAAGCUUUGUUUGGAGGUUUGUUACAAAAGUCAGACCACAGCAUCUCGGGCCACUCAAAGAAAAGUGAUAAACUGAGGUUAAAUGUUGACGAGCCUUUGAAAUGGAAGGAGUCAUUUGACAAACUGCUGUCCAGUCAAAAUGGUCUGUGCCUGUUCAGAGCAUUCCUGGUCUCAGAGUUCAGUGAGGAGAACAUAGCGUUCUACUUGGCUUGUGAGGACUACAAAGCCACUAAACCUUCAAAACUGGCCACCAAAGCUAAGAAGAUUUACGAUGAGUUCAUUGGCUCUGAUGCACCACGAGAGGUAAAUCUUGACCAUGUGACCAAAGCCAUCACAAAGGAGAACAUGGAGCAUCCCAGACAGUCCAGUUUUGAACUGGCCCAAGCCAAAAUCUACACUCUGAUGGAGAAAGACUGCUACCCACGAUUCCUCAAAUCCUCGCUUUACCUGGAGGUCAACAGGAAGUCCAGGACAGGCUAACAAACUUCAUUGCAAACUGUCCUGUGAGCAUCAGACGUGAUAUAUCACUUCUCAAAAGGGACAUAAGCUUACUGAGGGUGACUGGAAAGCUUCACCCGGAACAAAUACCUCAGCACAAGGAGCUUGGUGCCAGAUUGUGGAGUUAUUUUGGAGACCAGAGGUUGUACACAGAUCAGAGUCUCAGCUGAAAGCAGUUAUGAAGCUAUGAGAAGAGACUGACACACACUGAACUGUAGGCGAUGUACUGUACUGUACUGUACCUGUACUGUACAUACAGGGAUGCAUGAGCAGCUGCCUCAGUUAUUGUUGUCACGCAACAAAACUGUCCCUGGGAGAGAUUCUGUAGCACUAGUAUUUAUUUAUUUAUUUAUUACUUAUUUAAAGCUAUUCUAAUUUCAUUUUUAUUAUGUAAAUGUAUGCUGUGCAACUGGUUAGUGAAUCUGGUGUGUAUUUUUGUAUGUUUUUUUAUCUGAAGUACUGUUUGUAAAAAUAAGUGCACUGAAUAAAAACUGCCAAUUUCAAAGGGUAA